UUCUCUUCACUAAUAUUACCUAGAAUUUUUUUUUUUUUUUUAUCAUCAUCUGCAUUAAUUUGCAAAGAGUUCUCACAAGAUAGGUUUGAGAAGAUGCAGAUGAUCACAGUUCCACCAAGCCCUUGUGUUUGUAGGAGAAAGAGCUUCAACACUCAUGUGUCUGAAAGUCUUCUAAGAUCUGAAAUCACCUGUAGAUUGAUAUUAAUCUAAUAAGUAAGAUUUCUGCCAGGUCUUUGACUCAGACACCAGGUUUAGGUUGGUAUCUACACAGGGUAAGAUGAACAAGCUGGACUCCUGCUGCUUGAUGGAGCCAGUUGAGAAAUGGUGAGGAGAACUUCAGCUGGAUGAUAAUCACCAUGAUCCUGUUUCGUCCAGGUCAAGAAUUAGGACGGAAAAAUCCCAAUUGAUAAAAAAGCAGCUCUUUUUCUUUCAGAUAAACUUGAGGUUAUCAUCUACACCGUUUGGUUGAACACUCUUCUUUCACAAUAAGGGGGUCUCUCCUCCCACAUUCCCCGUGUUCUUCGAAAGAAUAUAAAAAGCCUGAGCAUCUCAUGACUCCUCAGAAGCGGUGAAAGUGCAAUAUUAAACCCUUUACUCUACAGUACUCUGCAGUAUACAAGAAAUAACCCAGCGUUUGAACAUGCUGACCAGGAACAUUAUCGUUUUCUGCACACUAGCAGUGCUGCUGGCUGAAGCAGACCUAGAUGCAGUUAACGGAGGUCUUCAAGCCAUGUCUACAGGAACAGAUCAGGACUCCACUUCUGAUGAGGCUCCAACUGAAAGCAUGAACUCUGUGUCACCUGACCAGACCAAAGGUGAACUUCAACAUUAUGAUGGAGCCACAGCUGAUGCAAGCAGCACUAGUGCAGAAGCAGGUCAGGCUACUGGGCCUCAAGUCAAUGAUGUGAUGACAGCUGACGGCACAAAAUCCAGCACUGAAGAACAAGAAGAGAACGAGAGUCCAGAAUCAGAAGAAGUGGUGAAAGCAGCUCCGGUCCAGCGUGCUGCUAAAUCGCAACCUACAAACCAACGCAAACGUAGUAAACCCGUUGUGGCCUCCAAGAAGAGGAUGAGAGCCCUUCGCCCCUGAACGAAGGCUGUGAAGAUUGCACAGGGAACAUGCAGGACUAUAAUGAUAGGAGAGAAAGAAGCAAUCCUGUAUUAAGUGGCAUUCUGUUUUGUUACUUUAUUUUAUUAAUAACCAAGAACUAGAUGUGAUUCUGUUGUGAUGUACUGUACUGACUGGUUGGUUUGUUCGCUUUCGGGAUAUUUGUUGUGAAACUAGCGUUCAGCACAGACUUUACAGUCUUGAUUUAAUCUUUUUUUUUUCAAAUACGGGGACAAAGCUUGUCAGUCAGGGCUUAACUCAUGAACAGCCGACAUCAUCUCAGAUUACAAUCAGCCUGAUUACUGAUUGUAAUCUACAGCUCUAUGUGUUAAUUCUACAUUCAGGAAAACACAUUUUGAAAACCUGGACUGUGCUACUUUUUAUUUCUUCACUGGUGCUGGUUUCCUGAAUAUUGUGUGUUCAGACUAGCCAUAGCUUUUUAGAGUAACAGUAGUUUUACAAAUUUUAAGGUUUUUAUUUGAUCUUUUUUUUUUUUUUACACCAGAAAAAGUGCAAAAACUUACUUCCAACACAAACUCAGUGUUUAAAGUGUUUAUUACUUUUUUGUCACAUUUUCUGAUUUUUUUUUUUUAAUAAGAAACAGUAUUUAUCAUUAUUAAAUCUACUUUUCCAGGAUCUUAAUCAUGAAUGUGGUAUUCGUUAAUAAUUCCUUCUGUAUGACCAAAUAAAC